AUAACUCUUUUUUUUCUUGCACUUCCGGUAGAUCACAUGAAAGAAAGAUGGUAAACAGCUGAUAAUUGAAAACAAUGCUUGAAAAAUCAGGAUUAGGGAGUCUCCGAUGUACAAUUCAGUUUAGCUGAUCAUGAGUUACAAAGACAGCAUCAGUCCGCCGGAAGACAUGGAUGGAGAUCCCGAUAUUUACGGGAAUAUCCCCCCUGGGACACCAGAAAGGACUCAUCUCUUACAAGCCACAGUGUUCAUAGAAGAUGCUGCUAGGUAUCGGGAGAUCUGUCAUCGUGUGGACAAGAGAGCUCUGCAGAUCUACAGACUCUACCAUUCAAACUUUCUACAAAGGAGCCGUUAUGCCUUUAUUUUUGUGCUCCUUUUCCUGGCAUUCUUUGAGUUCCCGUCCUCUUUGACCUGGACGUCAGACAUCCGUAAUCGUGGAGACAGAGUGGAAGUUCCCUGCGGAGUCACGGAGGGAAUAGAACUCAUCUGUCUACUCUUCUUUGUCACGGAUGUCAUCAUAAAAUACUGGUUGAUUGGCUUCACUCAGUUCCGUAAGAAGAAGUGGAUGGUAGCUACAGUGUUUGUCCUGGGGAUUUCCCUCAUAGACUGGUGUGUCAGCAUCAGCUUCAAAUGUAAUGAGGCUACGAGAUUUCGUAGAAUAAUCCGUCCAUUUUUUGUUAUCAACUACUCCAGCAUCAUGAAGAAAACUGUCAAAUGUCUUCAGAGGACGCUGCCUGAGGUUAUAAGUGUCCUCCUGUUGCUGGGGUUACAUCUCUUUAUAUUUUCUCUGAUUGGAAUGUUAUUAUUUCCUAAUCCUAAGCCCUAUGAUGAGAUGCGCAAUGUCACUGAUGGUGGACUAUCUGCCCUCCUGUCUAACAUUACCACUCCCUCUCCCUCUAAUUCAACAAAUGUGAUAGGAGAGGGAGAUAAAUAUUUCCGUAGUUUACUGGACUCCUUUAUGAAUCUCCUGGUUCUACUAACAACAGCCAACAAUCCUGAUGUAAUGAUGCCUGUUUACCAACAAAACAGAUUUUACUCUUUGUAUUUCAUAUUAUUUCUCCUAAUUGGGAACUACUGUUUUAUGAACAUGCUUCUCGCUGUCAUUUACAAUCAGUUCCGAGGGUAUUUCCAGACCUCCAUGCAGUCUGACCUUUUAAGAAGGAGGGUGGGAAUCAGAGCAGCCUAUGAGGUCCUGAAAGGGGCAGAUGGACACUCCAACAUCUCCCCCUCAGAACAAAGAUAUGGGGUUUCUAUGUACAAUGUCAAAACAAUAAUAGAACAUGCUGAUUUACCCAACCAUGUCAAAUCUGCACUAAGAGUG